AUGAGCAACAUCCUCGACUGCCUGGCGGCCGCCCCCGCAUUGAUGCCCAUGCCUGGAGAAGACGCGGCACCCAGAGCUGAAGCUGAACUCGACCAGAAACGCCGCCAGCUCGACGACCAAAUCCACAAGUUCAUCGCCCAGAAAGAGAGGGAGUUUAAGCUGUACGAGCGCGAGUUGCGCACCCGCUAUCGAUCGCUGCCUGCACCUUCGGUACAGACACCUGGCAAUGCCUCGCCCAGCACCGUGCCUGCCGACCAGCUCGCAAAUGCCGCUGACACCAACCAAGACGCACGAGGCAUCAGCGAGAAGGGCCAUGAACGAGAGAGCGAGCUCUUAGGCCUCUUCACCCCUGCGUAUCUUCCGCUACUCGAGAGCAGGCCUUCUGGUCCUGGUCGCUCUCCUUCUGCGCCUGUCCUCGGCGAUACCGCUGAUUCGACCGCCAUUGUACCUGACCGGCAGGUACUGCAGCGCGCUAACACCGAUCCUGCAGGCGACAACAAGUCCCCAUCGUCCAGACGGAGCUUAGGCCCAAGGACGCCUUCAUCUGGCUCGGAUCAAGGAAGAAGCCUGGUAUCCGCAUUGAAGGCGCCUUCGACUGGCCCGAGACUCUCGAACAAGAAACGUGUGUCACUCGUCGUGGGCGACGCAGUGGUCGCCCCGAGCGAUAAUAUCUUCUCGAGUGCAAACAGAGACUCAGACAAUCGCCCUGACGAUGAAAAUGGCACUCAACACAUCGAAGUACAGACUCCCGCCCAACCCACGCAGGCUGAGACACGCGAACCCACACCUCCGAGGUCGCCGUCACUUAACACAAACGAGUCUGGUGCUCCUCAAAGUCCUCAAACCAGUAGCCAACCUGGAGGACUGAGUCUCGGUUUUGCCUCAGCUGCUCGUGGUCCUAGCAUUCCCCAAGAACCACUGCAAACUAAGAUCAGCUCUGAUGGUGACCUUGAGCUAGCUUCACCCUUCUCUAUGGACGAAGAAUUCGAUGACUCUGGUCCUUCAGAAAUGUACACUACGCAGAUAGAAGACAUCGAUACAGAUGUCGACUCGGGUCUGGAUUCGGAAUCUACCUUACGCGCAGCAAGCCCGGCUAGCCCUGGCGAUAGAGACGUCUCACCAACCAACCGUCCACCCAGUCUUAACAUCCCCAUAGCGAGUUUCGGAACUUCGUCUUCUUCGUCUGCCCAGCCUAUUUCACCAGGCUUCUUGAGACCCUCUGUGCGGGAAGAUCCCCAGCUCGAUCUCGACGAUCAAACGCCCGAGGAAAUACCAGCUCAAGGGUCAUUGUACGGUUCCUUUUCUCGACCGAGCUAUAGCAAGCAACAGACUGUUGGCAGCCUGGGAGAAUCGUUUAUGCAAAGGAAUGCCGAAAAGCUGAUGCGACGCAGACAGUCAACACAGAAAUCCUAA